CUGAACCAAAUUCGGAACCCUGAUUCCUGAAUUCCCAUUUGUCUAGCGCGCAGACGGCAGACCAUACUUACUCAACCCAGCCAUGUUCAUGGAACAACUCGUGUAACGUUCACUUCACCUGGUGCACCACAAUUCCCAUUGAUAUUUCAAAGCCGCCACAGCUGGUAUCCACCCGCUACAGGAUCCAUUCCGACUGAGGCAGCUGGCAUAUUGAAAGGAUUUCAUGGCAGGCCCGUCUUUGGGUCGUGUGAAGCUCACUGAUCUAGUACCCUCUGAAGGUCUUCCUUCUGAUUCUUAUAAAUUAUCAGUCUCGACUUUGUCACAGUCACUAGCUCAAUAUUCUGCUGCCAUCAUCCAGUUUCCUGCAAGUGAUGGGGCUCUUUUAAGAUCUGGAUUGGAUUCUGCUCGCCUAUACUUUCACCAAAGAGCAUCAUGCCCAGCUGCGGAUAUGAUGCAUACCAAUGACUCUCGUGAGUGGUGCAAGACGUCUGGUUACAAUGCAGAUCCUCAGCUGUGGCUAGAAACUUAUGAUUACCGGCCAGGCCUUACUCCUAAUGAGCCCAACAAUGUAAUGGAUCUCCCUCCAGCUGGUUUGCCAGACGUAUUUGCUCUGCUUGGAAAGGCAGCUCGGGAUAUUCUGGAUGCCAUCAGCUUCUAUUUGAACUUGCGCAGCUCUCCAUUUACUGAGAUACUAGAUAAUGUUCCCCUGAGAAAUCGGGAAAUUUCAUCUUCGGUAUUGUCUGUUUGCUGUCAUGCGAGGACAUCAUUUCAGGGAGCACAACACCAUAAUUUAGCAACCCAAGAGGAUGGCCAGUUGGUUAUUUUUCCUGACCACGAGCACCAAGUUGAUAAAAGCUUGUUAUCUCUUGUUAAAUCAGAUAAGGCAGGUUUACAUAUAAGAGAUUUUCAUGGCCGAUGGAUUCUAGUGGAUGGAGAUCUUGGUCCUCAAGAAGCCAUUGUUUAUCCUGGGCUUGCACUUUAUCAGGCAACAGCAGGCUAUGUCAACCCUGCGUUGUACAGAACAGAGAUUAAUAGCAUCCAGGGAAACAUGUAUGGACGAUGUUCUUUGGCUUUCAAACUCAUGCCCAGAUCCAUGACCAGUCUCAGUUGCUCAGAGAUGAGAGCAGCUGGUCACGGGGUUGAAGCUCAGUUCCAGCUUCCAGUAUCGGUGGAUGACUUCAUGCAGAGAUCCCACCCAACUGAUCAGCUCUUCAACAGGCAGAAUAUCCCGUGUUUCAAUUUUCCCGCAGCCCAAGAUGGAUCUAUGAAGCCCUUGAUGAGGAGGAGGAAGAAUGAUUCGAGAAGCAAACCUUUGCCACCUUCCAAGAGGUUACGGCUUGAGGCUCAGAGAGUUCUGAAGGAGAGGGUUCAGGAUAUUGCUGAUAAGAAGGGGAUCAAGCUGAGGUUUUGUAACCUGAAGGAAUGUGAAAGUCAUGUUCACACGCUAGAUAGCCCAUGUGCCAAUAUAAGAAUGGAGAUCGCGUGGCCACCUGGAGUACCAUUUGUUCAUCCCCAUGAUCUACCUAAUAAGGCAAAGAUUGGUUUCCUUGAAGCAUACGAACCUGGUUGGACAGCUACUCAUGAUAUGGAGUUAAGUCUUACUGAACCUGGACAGGCCAGUCAACGCUCGGCUAAUUGUAACUGAAUCAAUGUCCAUAGUUUCAAAUUUGUGGCCACCUUUGAUCAGCUUGUGAGUAGAUGGUUUGCAGGAACUGUUCCCUAGUUUCCCCAUUCUGUUGAACUUUGCCCGUGAUUGCUUUGCUUGAAUCUUAUUCCAAUCCAUCCUGGGUUGUGCUGCUGCUUCUCAUUGCAAGUUUAACUCAAGACGAGGAAGACAUAAAAGGCAUCAUCCAUAAUCCUGUGAUAGAUAUCUGUAAAUAUGUAUUUUUGAGGAGAGGUUGGCGUUGUUAUGAAGGGCCAAUCUCAAGAGAGAGUGCCCUAUUUAUGAUGGAACGGUCUACAACUGAUCUGUCGAAAAGGAAUGAAUAAGGAGGGAAAAUGUGGCGGAUUUGUUUUCAUUUGGAAAGCAACCUUCUUAUCAUUGUAUUUUCAUCCGACACAAAGAGAGUGAGAACGUACGUUGGAUGGAGCUAGUAGCAAUGUUGACGGUUGGUAAUCUUGUACAUUGUGCUUAAACCUAGGAUUCCUCCCAAUCCUAUUCUUUUUCUUCUUUUCCCAGUUACUUAGCAGGCAGACAGAGAGAGUGUGUGUGAGAGAGAGUGAGAGAGAGAGAGAGAGAGAGAGAGAGAGAGAGAAGACAUAUUAUGCAUUUGUUCGCUUUCUUCAA